GCAUAUCAUUUUGUUUUUUUUAAAAAAAAAAAAAAAAACUUACACUAAUCAUGGAUUACGAUAAAGCGCUUGGCCAAAUUGAACAAGCAACUCAACAUACGCUUGAAUAUUUAUCAAACAGAGCCAAUUUGGAAAAGAUUGGAAAGAUUACUGCUAUUUCAUUAGCUACCUAUGUCACUUUAAAUAAAUUAUAUGACGCUUUCUUGGGCCCACUCAGUCAUAUCCCCGGUCCUUUCUAUACAAGAUUCUUUAAAGCUCCUAACUUUGUGCUUGACAGACCUGCAGGCACAGCUUACAAAAAAUUCAAACAAUAUCAUGAAAAAUACGGAGACAUUGUCCGUUUGGGUCCUGAUAGAGUUGCUAUUGGUGAUAAAGACAUGAUCAAGCAAGUCUUGGUGACUGAAGAUCUUAAGAAGGGCCCUGUCUACAAAGUGUUUAGCAAAAACAAAGAUCCAACCUUAUUUAGUACCAGAGAUCAUGUUUGGCACAAACAAAGAAGAAGAAUCGUUUCUCCUGCCUUUUCUAUUAAAUAUCUUAAUUCAAUGGAACCCUUCAUGACUUCUGUGACUGAAUCUUUAAUCAACAAGGUCGAUAAGGAAAUCAUGGAAGAACAUGAUCAAGAGGGUUAUGGUGCAGUUGAUAUCUGGAGUUUGAUGCAACGUCUUGCUUUGGAUGUCAUUGGUGAAACUGCUUUUGGUCAAACAUUCAAUAUGAUUGAAGACCCUACUCAUUUUGUACCUAAAGCUAUUGGCGAAGAAUUAAAAGCAAAUGCUAUCAGUGCUCUCUAUCCUUGGCUGUCCAAGUUAUUUAUCAAGUCCUCAGAUCAAAUCAAUCCUGAUUUAAGAAACUUCUUGACAGAUGUGAUCAAUGAUCGUUUAAAGAGUACAGCAGAAAAGCGUAGUGAUAUUCUUCAGUUCCUCAUCAACUCUCAAGAAGCCCAAGAUCAACAAGACAGAUUGACUUCAGAAGCCAUCAUGACUGAAACCGUCUUGUUCUUGAUUGCUGGAUCAGAAACGACCAGUAAUACCAUUGGUUUUGCUUUCCACGAACUUUUAAAGUAUCCCAACAAGCUCAAGAAGCUGUAUGAAGAAAUUGAUGCUAUUCCUAUGAAAGAAGGUCAAAAAGUAUUUGAGCAUGAACAAUUGAAGCAUUUGCCUUACUUGAAUGCUGUGAUUAAUGAAACAUUACGUAUUGAUGCUGUUGCUACCAGUGGUCUUGAAAGAAUCACAGAUAAGCCUGUUGUUUUGGGAGACAGAUUAGCUCUUCCUAAAGAUAUUGUUGUUGUCUGUAGUCUCUAUCAUACACAAACAGAUGAAAAACACUGGCCUCAUCCUUGGGAAUUCAAGCCUGAAAGAUGGCUUGCUGAAUCAAACACGGAAGCAAGCCAUUUGGAUGCCUUCUUCCCAUUCAGUUCAGGUUCUAGAAACUGUAUUGGUAAGAACUUUGCUCUUCAAGAAAUGAGAAUUUCUAUUGCUACCUUUUUGAAGCAUUUUGAUAUUGCACCUAUUGAGCAAGAAAUGCAAGAUGCUGAGGACCGUAGACACUUUAUUACUUUACAAGUAGCCAAAAACAGUUUCAAGCUCAAAGCCAAAAGAAGACAAUAGACUUAAAAA